UCAAAACUCAAAAACGUCAUGUCAAUAAAAUGUCAACAAUAGCGCAUGUUUUCUGUAAUUUUUAAUUAAUUUUCUCCUUUUAACAUGACGAAAGACGAACAAAUACUGAAGAAAACUGAAAAGAAAAAGAAACAUAGACUUUUCAAACCCAGAAAGAAAAAAAGCGCCGAAGAAGAUGCAGCUAUUCAAUAUUUAAAAGCGCAAUAUGAUAAGAUUAUCCCAGAUGAAAUAAAAACCUUCAAGGAUUUUCCCUUAUCUCAGAAAACGUUAAAAGGCUUAAAAGAGAACAAUUACAUUGUUCCAACAGAUAUCCAGCGACAGGCUAUUGGCUAUGCGCUGCAGGGAAAAGAUAUUUUGGGGGCUGCCAAGACGGGCUCUGGCAAAACACUGGCAUUUCUUAUACCAAUAUUAGAAAUCUUAUUUUGUAAAAAGUGGACAAGGUUAGAUGGUGUGGGAGCACUAGUGAUAUCACCAACAAGAGAGCUGGCUUAUCAAAUUUAUGAAACCCUUAGAAAAAUAGGCCAUCUGCAUGACUUCUCGGCUGGUUUAAUUAUUGGUGGUCAAAAUCUCAAGUUUGAACGAAAGAGAAUGGAUCAAAUCAACAUCCUCAUCUCCACACCGGGACGCCUGCUGCAGCACAUGGAUGAAAACCCUCUUUUUGAUUGCAGUCAAUUACAAAUUCUGAUAUUAGAUGAAGCCGAUAGAUGUUUGGACUUGGGUUUCGAGGCAACUAUGAAUGCCAUCAUUGAAAAUUUACCCCAAAAUCGUCAAACCCUAUUGUUUUCAGCCACACAGACUAAAUCAGUCAAAGAUUUGGCGAGACUCAGUUUAUCUUUUCCAACAUAUGUGGCCCCGCACGAGCAGGCGGCCACCGUCACACCGGAAGCUCUUCAGCAAAGCUACAUAGUCUCUGACAUAGAUGAGAAGUUAGGCACCUUGUGGUCUUUCAUAAGAAACCAUCUCAAACAAAAAGUUCUAGUUUUCAUGGCUACUUGUAAACAAGUGAAAUAUAUGUAUGAGCUAUUCUGCAAGCUGAGACCCGGGGUCAGCCUCCUAGCUCUGUAUGGGACCCUCCACCAGGAGAAAAGAGAAAAGAUUUACCAGGAGUUUUGUAGAAAAUCAAAUGUGAUUCUUUUUGCAACCGAUUUAGCCUCUAGAGGACUAGAUUUUCCUAAAGUGAAUUGGGUUAUUCAGUAUGACUGUCCAGAAAAUGUUGACACUUACAUACACCGAGCAGGUCGCACUGCCCGUGGGGUGCUCGGCAAAGGAGAAGGAUUACUUAUUUUACUACCACAGGAAGAACCUUUUGUUGAGGAGCUCAAAAAGAGUAAAAUUCCAAUCAAUAAAAUAUCUGUCGAUCCAUCGAAGGUGAUGUCCCCUCAGAGAAAAAUAGAAAGUCUUCUUUCAGACAAUACAGAAUUGAAACAGUCAGCUCAGAGAGCUUUCGUUAGCUAUGUAAAAUCAAUUUCUUUAAUGAAGAACAAAGAUGUAUUCAACAUUCAGCUUUUGGACACAGAUGCUUAUGCAAGAUCACUUGGCCUCAUUGUUCCACCGAGGAUCAAGUUCUUGUACAAGAAAAUGAAUAUGAAAAACGAUACAGAAAAUGUUAGCACUGAUGAUACUAUUCACAAACUAAAAUCAAAGGCAAUUAAUGAUGAAGGCUCAGAGCUGAGUGAAGCUGAAACAGACAACACUCCCAUUCCCCAAAAAACUAAGAAGGAAAAGAAAGAACUCCCAAAAUUUGAUUUUCACAAUGAAAAUGGAGAUAGUGAUGAGGAUUGCUUCAUUACAGUCAAAAAGAAAUAUGUUGAAGUUGAUAUGACUGCCCCCGAGGAAGAGAACACGCGAACUAAAAAGAAUGCCAAACCACUGACCAAAGCAGCAGUUGCUAAAAAAAUACUUAAAAAGAAAAUCAAAGUCAAUACUACUGUUAGGUUUACUGAAGAUGGUGAAGCAAUUGAAGAUGAUAAAAAAGAUGUCAAAUCGGAACUAGCCAAACAAUUUAUCAAUGAAAACGUUGGUGGAAUUGACAUAGAGAAAGCGAAAGAAGUACUGCGGGAAGAAGACAAAUAUGAUAAAAUAAGAUUCAGAGAAAAGGUUAAGGCUAAGCACAAAGAACAGAAACGUAAACUUAAGAACAAAAGCAAAGAUGAAGAAGGGGAGAAAGAUGACUUUGGAUCACAGUCCGAGUCUGAUGGCCCCGACUUAUCUUGGCUUCCAGAUCCUGAUAAGAUAUAUGACAAAAAUGAUGAUAGUGAUAGAGAGGACCCUGAGUCUGCUGCUGCCAAUCUGGCAGGCUCAGACAGUGAACAUUCUGAAAUGGACGAAAAAUAUCACAGGCCACUAAAGCGGAAGCUGUUAGAAAGCAAGGGUAUACCACAAGAAAGUAUAGCACCUCGCAAAGUGAAGAAGAUUGAAGAGGUGUCAGCUUCACUUUCUGUGCAAGAAGCGGAGGCGCUAGCUAUGCAGUUACUAAAGGCCAAGCGAUAAUAAACGUUUGUUGACCAAAAUGUUUGCAAUAAAAUGGGUUCCUCAUUAUA